GCGGCGCUACGUUACAGACGUGUACAUAUUACUCGAUUUGAAAUCAACAUGCCGCGUGAAAAAGAUAUAUUAAUUAAACUAAUAUAUCUUUAUAGAGAUAUGCCGUAUUUGUACGAUAGAUCUCAUAAAAACUAUGCAAAUAAGUACAUAAGGUUAGAUGGCUACAAAGCUUUACUUGAAUGUUAUAAACGUGUUGACGAAAAGGCAGACCUUAACCAAGUGAAGAAAAAAAUUGAAAAUAUGAAAACAACAUACUUACGGGAAUUAAAAAAGGUCAUAGCCUCUAGAGAAAGUGGGGAAGAAGAGUACGUGCCGACCCUGUGGUACUACGACGCGUUCAGUUUCCUGAAGCCCGCGGGAGACGCCCUCCGCCGACACGGGGAGUCACAAGUGGAGUGCUUCGUGACCCUGGGAGUAUGUCUGAACAUGAGCCAGCACGGCCUCGUCAUGGGGUUCACCGCCAUCCUGCUCCCCCAGCUCCGGAGGAAGGACUCGCCCAUACCCAUAGAUGAAUCUUCCGGCUCAUGGAUCGCAUCGAUCCUGGGCUUUGCGUUAGUCGGCGGUAACUUCAUCGCCCCGACCAUCAUGGCCAGGUUCGGGCGCCGCACCGCCAACCUCGUGAGCAUUGCGCCCGCGCUGCUCGGCUGGUUCUGCAUCCUGCUGGCUUCCAACAUCGUCGUCAUGCUGGUCGCCAGGGUGCUGCAGGGCGUCUCCAUGGGCAUGAGCGCCACGCUCAGCCCCAUCCUCAUCGGGGAGUACACCAGUCCCAGCAAUAGAGGAGCAUUCCUAACAACCAUAUCGCUCACAAUUGCUAUAGGAGUCCUUACUGUUCACGCAAUGGGAUCUUUCCUGAGUUGGCAAACUACCGCUCUUAUAUGCGCGUUUAUAUCUUUUGUUGAUUUGCUGAUCGUGAUGAACUCGCCGGAGUCGCCGAGCUGGCUGGCCGACCGGGGCCGGCUCACCGACUGCAGGCGAGUGUUCCGGUGGCUGCGCGGCGACGGGGAAGAAGCGGAGCUCAAGGAGAUGAUCGAAGCUACCACCGUCGUGAGAGAAGCCAGGGAAACAGUGAAUGUUUCGCAAUCUUUUGGACAAAGCGUGAAGGCCAAAAUAGCGUAUUUUAGUAGCACGAUAACAAAGAAAGAGUUCUUUAAACCGAUAUUUAUAAUGAUCCAUAUUUACACUCUCAGCCAAUGGGCCGGUGCCAAUCUUCUAGCCGCUUACAGCAUCGAUAUCUUCACGCAUGUGAUCGGAAGCGAAACCAAUAUAGCCCUGAUGGUGAUCACGCUCGACGCUCAGCGGAUCGUGUCCAACUCGUGCGCCAUUUACGUCAUCAAGAAGGUGAGGAGGCGGACGAUGCUCUUCAUCACAGUGGCAAUAAACAUUAUUGCAUUUUUAGCGAUUGCUGCGUACACUUACGCCAAGGCCUACCAGAUGCUCCCCCCGUUUCUCGACCACGCUGCUGUUGGAAUAUUCUUGAUACACCUCCACAUGUUCUCGAUAGCUACCGGCACUGUCCCGCUUCCGUUCAUCAUCGCCGGAGAGUUGUUCCCGUUGGAAUACAGAAGUCUAGCCGGAGGGAUCAGUGUUCUGUUCUUAUCUUCAAAUCUGUUCAUCACGGUGAAGACUGCACCACAUUUGUUCGCAACAUUAGGCAUCUACGGUGCGUACUGUGUGUAUGCGGCCGUGAUCAUCUACUGUUUGGUGAUAACGGGGAUCUUGCUGCCUGAAACGAAAGACAGGACUCUGCAAGACAUCGAAGAUGAGUUCAGAGGACGGCCUUUGACCGUAGAAGAGUUAAAAUCGGUGCAGUCCUUGACGUCGUGGCGACGACACAGUAAAGACAGGAGAUGCAGCAGUCCGUUCAUACAGUGACCGUAAUCUACCGUGCGUAGGAUUAGUGAAGCUGUGGCUGUGAUAUACUGUAAAUUAUUUCACAAAGAUGUGAAUGAAUGUUUAUUUUAGUCGCUUAUUUUUAUAAAGUUGAUAGCACCAAGUUGAUUCCCAAUAAGGUUAGCCUGGUAAAACAGAAGUAUGAACAAAUGAUAUGAAUGCAUCUAAAAAUAAUAAAUUGUGAUAAUGAUAUUAAAUGAGUUGCCUUUAGUAACAAUACUAUUUAAAAAUAUCUCACAAUUCUUGACACUGUGGCCAUGAUCAAGCAGAUCUUAUCAAUUGAUACUGGUGCUAUUUAUCGAAUAAUAAAAUUUAUAUCCAUAAUGUGAGCAUUAUAUAAUAUUUGUAUAUUAAUAAACGUAUUAAAAUAGGUAACGACCUAUUCAUAAAUAAAAUUAUAUAUAUUUUUGCUAAAUAAACAAUUGAUAAAUUAUGUCAUUGUUAGGUAUUUUUACAAUAAUAAUAUUUGUGUUGACGUUAAGAAAUAUACCAAAAUUACAUCUUAAGUGAACCUGAAUGUUACUCGUAUAAUUUUGAUGUUAAUAUAAAAGGUGCAAGUUUUAAGAUUAUAU